GCUCCGCAUGUGUCGCAGUUAUUUGUCCGUAUUUCAGAGGCGUAUCGGCGGCGGUGCUGCUGCUGCGGAGGUUCUGGUGUGUUCUGGUUUAUUUGAAAAGCGAAUGAAGCGAAGCGCUGCGCUUUAAGGGGCAGAGGAGGAGCAGGAAUCAAACAGGUGUCCGGUCGUCUCCCAUCAGCCCGGAGGAGGAAGAGCGGGGAAGGAGGGGUAUUCAGGACGCUGCUGAGAGGCGGACCGAGCCGCUGGUCUCGGGCACAGGUGGCUUCUGUUUUCCGACACAUCGAUGGCGAUGGAGACCCGACGGCCAACCGCUCGUUUCUGAAAGAAAGCACGAACCUCAGAAGAGGAAGAGGUGGAGGUGGAGGAGGGGAAACUGUGACCGACAUCCCCCACGGGACAGGCCGAGCGACCCACGCUGCUAACAGGUGUGUCUGAGGAGGUCGCGGAGCCGCCGGGUCACCCACCGCCCUGCCUCCCUUAUCUCCUGUCUCCCUCCUCACAUCCGAGCGGGAGCAGCUCUGGAAUUGCAUUUGCAGUUUUUGGACGUCCCAGCGGGCUUUAAUUCCUCUUUUUGCAGCGACCCGCUGGUGUGUAAAAAGCAGAGAGGAGGAGGCGGAGGCGUCCAAACGGCUCAUUUUCAGACGUUAAUUGAAAAAAAAAAAAAAACUGAGUGAGGGCCGUUUUUUCUCUCUCUCUCUCUCUCUCUCUCUCGAGGAACGGAGACAUUUAAACAGGUUCUGUUCGGGUCUGAGCUCAACCACACGUUUGGAGAUCUGCUUGGAUUUUUUUCACCAGGUUGGACCCGUUCCGCCCCCCGGUGAGGAGGCAGAAAGCCGACGUUUGUCCGGUGGAUUCCUUAGAACCAGGCGAACCGGACUGUGAGCGAAUUUACGCACAACAGAGCGGCUCUUUCUCCCCGGACCGCUUAUCAUGACAACGAGGAAAGCCGGCAGCGUGGGGGACGCGGUGACCACCCCCUCCACCAACAACCAGCAGCGGAGCCAGAGUCCCGGGGCUCCGGCGGAGGCGGCGGAGAUGUUCGGGGAAUUUCAGGACUGGUGCCUGCGCACGUACGGGGAUUCCGGCAAGACCAAGACCGUGACCCGGCGCAAAUACAACAAGAUCCUGCAGACCCUGCUGCAGGGGGACGAGGAGAACAACAACGGGCUGUUCCUGCACGAGAAGAGCGGAAACCACAUCAACGCCAAGUUCAAGUUCUGGGUCAAGUCCAAAGGCUUCCAGGUCGGGACGCUGCCGGACGGGAAGAACGGCUCCGCGGACAGACCCGUGCUCUACGUGCCCAUCAAGGCGGCGACGUGUGUGGACGGAGUGGCGGGGGCCGACCCCUCCCUGAAGCGCGUGGCGGUGGUGGAGGAUUUCUUUGACAUCAUCUACGCCAUGCACGUAGAGGUCAGCAGCGACCCCGGCAAAGUGCCGAAGCACGCCGGCCAGAAGAAGACCUACAAAGCUAUAGCAGAAACGUACGCCUUCCUGCCCAGAGAGGCGGUGACUCGAUUCCUGAUGAGCUGUGGCGAGUGUCAGAAGAGGAUGCACAUCAGCACCACCGGACAGGACUGCAAAGAGAACGACAGGCCGAGCUCUCGGGUGUCGGAGGUCAUCGACUACAACAUGCCUCUCACCACCACCUACAUGAAGAGGCUGAAGCUGCAGAGCAUGAGCGUCACUAAGGAUGACAGCUCAGUGAGCAGCGAGGAGGAGGCAGAGAUGAGCGAGCCCACAUGGCUAGCAGCUGAUCUGGGAGCGGUGUCAGACCUGAGCCCAUCGAGCCGCAGAGAGAGGAUGCGCCACAGUCCGCAGAACGCUCACGGCAAAGAGGACGACGAUGAUUCGUCCUCAGAGAGCGGCAGUGGAAACGGCCUGCCCGCCCUGACCCCGCCCUCCUCUGCUGUGACGGACGCCGCUGUCAUCAGGGAAGCAGAGGUUGUUAAUGGAAACGGCGGCCCUGCCCCUCUCGACUUCAGCAGGCCCACUUCCUCCUCUUCGUCCUCUGAGGACCAGCAGCCGAUCAACCUGAGUGACCCGCCCCCUCAGCGCCUGCCCCUGCCCACCUCGCACCUGCCCAUCACCGUCUCGGCGGCGGCCGCGGCACUGCUCGGUGCGCUGCAUCCCAACGCGCCCGAGGAGCUCCGCAGGAAGUACCCGCUGGCUGCCAAACCUCCUCUGGCUCCUCAUCCGGCCCUGCCGCUGCCUCUGCCGCACACACACACUCCUCACAAUGCACACACUCCCAACACACAGUCUCACACACACACCGCCGAGCUGCGAUUGGACGGCAGGGAAUAUGGAGGCAAGUCCCCACAGUACAGUUCAGGCGGCAGCUACGACAGCAUGAAGAUGGACUUAAGCGCCGAAGACCUGACGGUGGGGCGUCACGGUAGCCAGGGCGCCCCCGACGAUGACGACGACGACCACGACGACCACGAUGACAACGACAAGAUGAACGACACGGAGGGAGUCGACCCCGAGCGAUUAAAGGCCUUCAAUAUGUUUGUGCGUCUGUUUGUGGAUGAGAACUUGGAUCGGAUGGUGCCCAUCUCCAAACAGCCCAAGGAGAAGAUCCAGGCCAUCAUCGAGUCCUGCAGCAGACAGUUCCCAGAGUUCCAGGAACGUGCCCGCAAGCGAAUCCGCACCUACCUCAAAUCCUGCCGUCGCAUGAAGAAGAACGGCAUGGAGACUCGUCCCACUCCUCCUCACCUCACCUCCGCCAUGGCUGAGAACAUCCUGGCGGCUGCCUGUGAGAGCGAAUCACGCAAUGCCGCAAAGAGGAUGCGCCUCGAAGCCUACCACGAUGAGCAGAUCUCUCUGGAUAAGCCGUCCGGCGUUGGAGGCGGUCUGAGAGAGCCGGCGUCCCUCGCCCACUCCGCCUACUCGCUGGCCGCCUCGGCCUUCUCCUCCCAGGACUCCCAGCUCUACAUCAACGGCGCCGGCCUCAGCUACGGUUACCGUGGAUACCCAGGGCUGAGCACCACCAUGCAACACCCCGUUUCCCUGACGACCGGCACCACCGCUGCUGCUCAGACCAACGGCCCCACAGACCUCAGCAUGAAAUCUCUCUCCUCCGUCACCAUCGGUAACUCCUCCUCCUCUGCUGCCGCCAACAGCCUCGGUGGGCGGGGCAGUGGGGGCGGAGGAGGGGGCGGGGCGUCGACCCAGCUCAGCCAGCCGGAGAUCACGGCCGUGCGUCAGCUGAUUGCCGGCUACCGGGAAUCAGCCGCCUUCCUGCUCCGCUCGGCGGAUGAGCUGGAAAACCUCAUCCUGCAGCAGAACUGAUCUCACACACACACUCACACAUACACACAUACACACACACUCACACACACACACACACACACACACACACACACACUUCCCCAUCAUGUUUGUUUCGUGGCCGUCUGUGUCCUCGUCCCUCCUCAUCCUCACUGAACUCUGGACCUCCUCGUUUUAAAUCUGGGUGCAAAGCCUUCUCUUUGACCCUGUGGCCACUUUCUGGGGUGAAGGCGAAGAAUCCCAACCUAGAGAACCUCAAUCCACCCAAUUCUGCCUGAGGGGGAAAAACGGGAAGUCUGCAGGAAUCUCUUCCUCUCACAAUCAAAGAGUGUGGACGAGAGGAGGAGGAAGAGGAGUGGAAAACGGAGACUUUGUGGGAGGAAAGUGCAGUUUUUGAGUUGUUCCUCUGGGAGUUUUGACUUCUGAUGAUUAAAAAAUGAAAAAAUAAUAAAUAAUACUGCUGAAGCUGUUUGUUAACGGAUGCUUUUGGUUCCUCCGGCUCGACGUUUUCUCUUUUUGGAGUCGGUAUUUUGUUUUUUAAAUGAAGGGAAGAAAGAAAAGACGGUGGAAAAGAAAAAAAAGAUGAACUUUUUGUGCUCGCUUGUAUAUAAGCUCUCUGUGUCCUUCAGCACUUUCCCUCACCUCUAACCUCACCCCCAUCCUCCCCCUUUACCCAGGGAGCAACCUGCUUACUUAUGCAUCCAAGACGCCAUUUUGACCGCCAGGAAAUACCUCAGAUCAGACCUGCCAAUCAAACGCUCCUGCAGGUGAAGCCGGUUUUCUCCACCUCCUGAUGUCAUCAGCGUUCCUUUCUUUUCCGAGGAGAGUCGAAGUAAAACAAAGUGUCCGUGUGCUGCUGAUGGGAGGGAGGGUGUGUGUGUGUGUGUGUGUGUGUGUGUGUGUGUGUAUGUGUGUGUGUGUGGCAGGUUUACCUCCCGCUUCUACUUUUCCCAAAUGUAGACGCCAACGAAGCGCAGCAUCGUUCUGUUUCACCCCCGUCCCCCCUCCUCCCCUUCUUUUGGACCUACUCUGCGCCUCUUCUUCAUGGACCUAAACAUCUCCCUCUUCCUCAGGUUUCAGAGGAUGAGGAGGACUGCUUCGUCCUGCUGUGUUUGUCUGUUAAACUCUGAGAUGGCCAUUACUAUUAUUGUUAUUAUUACUAUGAUUAUAUUGAUGAACUUUCAUGUUGCCGCUGCUAUUUAAAAACCGGACCUUCUGCCAUAGACCUGAAACCUCAACAAAGCCGGGCGGUAGCUAGCCGCAGUGCCCCAUGAAAACGCGAUCAACCAGCCGUCGGCGGCGGCGGUUUGGGUUCAGCUCUCCUCUCUGUGUCGCCGGUCGGUCGUUUCUUUGUUUCUGCUUCAUAGGGCUCGAUUCAUGUGCUGUUUUGUGACUUUCUAACUGUGAAUCUUCUGUUGGGACCCUCCCCUUGUUCUCUGCCUGUCGGGGGUGCGGUGAGGGAUGUACAAACUUUGACCUCUUCAGGGGUAAAAAUAGUCCCGUGUAGAUUACCGAUUAUCUGUUUGUUUAAUGGUGGGGUAACUUGUGAUGUAAUCUGUAAGGAAGGAAGCAGCAGAGACCCUGAGAAGGAGCGCCUCCUUCAGGUGUCGUACCUGGUGACUGCUGUGGGAGCAGUUUGAGUUUUUAGGGAAUUUUCUUAUUUGCUUUCUUGCUGAGUUUGAUGAAAGAUUGACUUCAUUCUCAUAUCGUAAACUUCCAACCCUGCAGUUCCUCUAACAUCCACCGGAGGCUCCACUGUCAGUCAGUCCCCACAGACUCCCAUGUUAAACCCUCGCAGCAGAAACAGCUGAUACGUGGCCGCUCCUGGAAACAGGAAGGAGAUAACACGAUUGAGCCUUUCAGACAGCAGCAGUUAGCUUAGCUUCAAACUCCAGAAGCUGGGGGAGGCAGCUAGCUCACUCAUUAGCAUGUUAUGUCCUGUUUGAUGAAGCCAUACUAAAAAAAAAGAUAAAAAAAUAAAACAUAACAUGCUGAUUGGUGCCCUGUGCAGGUGAAUGUAAGCAGGUUUUCUGAGCUUUGGGCAGAGCCGGGCUCGCUGUUUGUUCCUGUGUGCAGCCUCUGAGCUAAGCUAGGCUAAGCUAAGCUAAGCUAGCUGUGGCAGCAGAACUUCAAACUUCUCUCUGGAAGAAAGCAAAUUAUUUCCUAAACCUCAAACUUUCCCUUUAAUUCUGUUUCAUUGCAGGUUUGUUGCUUAAAGAGAAUUUUGAUUUUGUUAACUUUAGCUUCAAAGUGCGUUUUGAGCCUCGGCGUCUCGGCUCGUUAGGACCUCGGGCUCGUUAAGCUCCUGGUUUCUGGGCGCCUGGUGAUCAGAGGAGAAGAUGAAGCGUUGCUCUGCUUCUGCUGUGGUUUCUGCUCAGUUCGACUGGUGAUUUUUUUGCACACUGAGCGAAGCAGCAGUCAUGUGAUUUGAAGGGGCGGGGCUCUCUGUGAGUAUAUGCAUGUUUCCUUGGAGGGACCACCCCCCUUCCCCGGCUGUAGGUGAGGUGCCCGCGGAGGGGGAGGUGUGGUGGGGUUUCUCUGUAAUGCAGCUGAUAAUCAUCCUGGACUUCAGCAGGUUUGUGACGUAGCUCGCAGCCUCCACCCAAACAUCCACACGCUCGCCUGCAGCGUCCGUCUUUGGCUUCAGAUUUGAUGUUUUUGCUUUUCACAAAGUGGAAAGCUGCGCUCAAAGAUCACCGAAAGAAAAACUGGAGACAAAUAUGCAAAAAAAACGAGAAGAGAAGAAGAGCGGGAGGGGACGGCUUCGGACCAGUGCUCCCAGUAACUGAAUGUAGUCUUAAAGCAUUUAAGGACAGAGGACGAUCAAUCAAGUUUUCAUUUCAUUUCUCCUAAACUUUAUACGUCCUCAUUCGGAUUUGAGCUUCGACACGAGCGUCCCGUCCUGCUCUUCCUCCGUCCGAUCCUCACUGUGCUCUCAGAUACUGCCUCCGCUUUGGCUUCCUGGUUUUCCGAGUCAGAGCGACUCCACACCUCCGGAUUACUGGGAUCGGUCCAGAUGUGCUGUGGGUGACCGACCCCCUCCUCUGGCUGAGGGACCUGAAUCACACACAGUAAACAGCACAACAACAGUCGCUUUAACGCAUUUUUCCAACCACGCACGAAGCCUCGGCGGCAGAAGUGGGACCCGAAUGCGUGACGAUCCCUCGGACCACAGCGGGGUCGGGCGGGUUUCACCAGUUUGACCUCUGCUGCUGCUGCAGCCUCGAACCUCCCAAAUGUGGCUUCCUGCUUCCUGCAGGAUGGCGCUGGAGUCUCCGAAGGUGCCAUUUUCUCUUGUAUGGAGGAGUCUGUGAUCUUCUGCUCACAGACUUAAAGAAUCGCCUUUACGGGACUUUAAACGUCAGAAGAGCGCUGUGGAGUCAGAGCUCCAGCUGAGAGGUUUAUGCAACACUUCCCUUGAAAUGCUCACAUUUGAACCUUCUCUUCACAUCAGGUUCCUAAUCCUCCUCCUCUUCCUCCCUCCUCAUCCUCAGUGCCGCGAGCUAGAAGCGCCUCUGACCUUUGAAGUGGCGUCUGGAUCAUUGUUAGUUUUUAUUGUUUCUUAAGGAGAACGUCAUCUCGCCAAACGCGGUGAUCGUUUCUCAGAGAAGAUCUUCUGAAGGUUCAGACCUCAAAGCCACACGGCAACAGCCGCAACCACAAAAAGACAAAAAAGCAAAUGACAAUCUGUAGAAAGGUGGAAUUUGCUCCCUGUUUGGUUUUCGUUCCUGCUGUCUGAGCACAGCUGGACACACCGGGAGGAUAAUCUGGGUCUUUUAGCCAUACUCCUCCUCCUCCUCCACCUCUGCCUGUUAACGUCUCCGCGGCCGAGCAAACACAUUUCUAUCUGAUUUCUAUUUUUUAGUAUGACAUGAUUCUUCUUCUGAUUUCUAUAUUUUGUAGUGUGAGUAAAGUGGUCUUUUUAUAUCGCAGCAGUUUCGCUCUGAAUGCCUCUCCUGCACAUUCAGCCGACGGGACCCGGCCGGCGAGGGGCUGAGCUCAGAGCUGCACUCUGAACUUCAUCGGCUUUUCAAAGACGGAGGGAUCUUUAGCUUCCCCGUCCUCCACAGUGUGCUUCUCUGUGUAAAGGUCCUGUUUACAGCGCUCCAGACCGCGUCCAGCAUCCUGCACGAAGGUCACGGCGUCUCGUUGACCUCUCAGACUUCUCUUUAGAGACGCCUCUGGUACGCACGGAGCAGCUGAAACUGAGCAGGAGUAACCUCCAGUAGUCACAAAGAGAGACUCCUGCAGCUUCUCCUCUCCAGGGGAGACGGUGCCGAAGUGGAGACCCUCCACUUCAUCGAGGAGACCCUCACCGUGAAGCUGUUGUUACUCAGAACGAUCUGCAGUUAUUUAGAGGCCGCACUUCUUUCUGUAUUUCUGCCAGUUUAAGAGUCGGUCCUCAUGAAAAGAGAGAACUGCCAUGGUGACCCUGAGGUCAAACAGUCCUCCAGCAUAACUCGGUUAGCUGAGCAUGAAGUUCCUACCUGUGUCCAAAGGAAAUCCUCCCCUCAGCACCUCUUAAGUUGAUUAACAUGCUUCUUUCAUUAUAUCAGCUGAUCAGGCCUUUAUGACAGGGAGGCAUGCUGGAUGGUCCUGAUUCGAAGUCCGUUAGUGGGCACAAAUAUUAAAGAGGAUGUUUUGGGGGUCGUAGUCGUCUGCUGGUCGGCUCGUGGUAAAGUCUUGAGUCACGUGUCGCCGCGGAGGACGCGUCAGUCUUCAGCAGAUCGAGAUGCUUCGGGGCGGUUCGUGCAGUCGCGCUGUGAUGCCAGUCGGGUCCCAUCAGCUCUGAAUCAAAGCUCGAAACACAUCUUUAAAAAGAAUCAAAAAGGAAGGAGACAAAGUAAUGACCUUUUUUAUUUUUCUAUCUGUACAGCUUCUGUCUAACUAUGAGAACGGCCUCGUGGCCCUUUGGUUUCCUGUGCUUUUCCUUUCUGUCUUCAGCUGACUUCUUUGUACCGGACUCGUGAUUGUCUCGACGUCCUCUGCCGGGCCUUUGUACCUUCAGUAAUACCAAUGUGAAACCUGUAACUCUCCUCAUGAUUUGACUCAGUGGAAGUGUGAUGUUUACAUGUACAGAUUUUUGCGAUUCUUUCUGCUUCUUUUGGUUUUCGGUUUUCUUUCCCUUCAUCUUUCUGCCCCUUCAUCCCUCGUUCCCCUCCUGAGUUCCUCUGACUCCUUCCUCCCUCUGAAGGGAAAUGGGACUGAGACUAAAUACGAUUAUCGGCAUUUCACACGUAAGCAUAUCGACCUGAGGAGGCCCGAAAGUGCCAAAAAAACUUAACUGGUAAAUGCCUCAAAAUUAAUUAAUAUGGCAUUAAAUGUAACAAAUUAAGAUUGGAAAUUAACCUAGGCUUUCAUUCAUUUAUGACAUUUAGCCUGUAUGUAUUAAUUUUCCUUUUUAUUUCCCAUUUAAUGUUUCAAUUUAUAAGUAAAUGAGGUAUAAAAUGCAGAUGAAAUAAUGUACAAGAUUAUUACAUUAAUUAAUAAAGUGGAAAGUUAAAUUGAAUUGGCAUGCAGGUACCCGUACAGCAGCCGGGUUUAGGCUCAGCUAAAUGUUUUUCAGAGCAGUGAUACUUUUGUAUUUCCACUGUUUAAAUUUAAAUUUAGUUAAUGAUGGUAACGUGCAGCAGAGCCUGGCUUUAUGCGAGUCACAGCAGGUGUUGGCCACACCUGCUGUCUCGCCCACGUUAACUUUUUUUGUUAUGGGGAUGCAUUUGAUUCCGCAUUAAUGUAAUUGAGUUUUUGCUGCAAUAAUUUUGGCAGUUUCAGUCCUCCGUAGAGCUCCUUGGGACAGUUUCAGCGGUCACUUUCACCUGAUUGGAUUUUUUCCCGUUAGCCGCGUUAGUAUUGAAUUAGAAUUGGAAAUGCUAACAUGCCUGGGAAAAAAAUGUGAUGGAGGUCAGCGAGGUGUCCCCGUACGGUCAUUUGGGUAGGGGUGGGGGGGAAUUGAGUUCUGAUUGUUUGGCUCUGAAGGGGUGGGGGUUGGUGACCCUUGACCUCUCAGCUAACUCCACAGCACACAGAAUCCCAGCGGGGCCACAGCGACGCUCCACGAUCCGGUGGAGACGAUUCCUCAGUGAAUGAAAAGCCAUUUCGGGCGUCGGGUCUUCGGUGUGUUCGUAUAUUUAGCAAAACUUAAACUGCAGAUGGCGAAACUCAACCUCAGGAAAAGAAAAAAGGACAUCACUUUUAUAAAAGCAACUGAAGGCCCAUUUCCCUCUCUCUUUGAUACCAUAUAAAUUAUAUCAAAUCAAUUCUUUUUAUAUUUAUUGUGUUUAUUAUUCUUCUAUAUAACAGUGGAUACCUUUUGCAGUACCUGUGGCUGAAUAUUUUGAUUCUUUAGAAAAGUGUUGAUAAUAUAUGUGAAGCAACUUAAAUGACGGAGGAAAAAAAGAAGAAAUCUGGGGUUAUCCUUAUUAUUUCUGUUUGUUGGAUAGCGCUACGAUGACAACAUAUCACUCUGGUCCAUGAUGAAGAAACCAAUGAUUAUACAGACCGAGCUUUCUUUGUGUGAUGUCACUGCUGAGGCUGAAAUGUUUCUGGACUUUAAAAAAAAAAUUGUGACCGUUCAGUUUGUUUUUUUGUUUGUUGGGUUUGUUUCCUCCCGAGCUGUACAUCACAAAGCUAAAUAUACUAAUAAAAAUGGUGUGCUAUCUAUCAAA